AUGGCGGCGGAAAUCUUAAAUAUUCAACGACAAAUUAUUUUUGAUGAGUCAAUUGCGCACUAUGAAGCGCAUGCUCAUCUCCCGUAUGCUUCAUCAACAUUUAACAACAGCGAUGAAAUAAGAAUUGCUGUUCAACAUCAAGAUUUGUGUCUACUUCCAAGUAAGAGUACACUACAUGUGUACGGAAAAUUCACAAAGUCUGAUGGUACAGCUGUAAGUGCAACUACUCACAUGGUAAAUAUGACAGUCUGUCAUAUGUUUGAAGAAAUACGCUACGAGCUCAAUGGUGUUGAGAUUGAUCGUAAUAAAAAUGUCGGUAUCACAAGUCUCAUGAAAGGAUACACAUCACUGAGUCCUGCUCAACAAAAUACACUCGAGAACUCAGGCUGGAUUGUAGAUGAAGCUGUAAACAAAUUACACAAUGACAAUGGCUACUUUGAUGUAUCUAUACCACUGAGUCUUUUGCUUGGAUUUGCUGAAGAUUACCAUAAAGUUGUCAUUACUGCAAAGCAUGAAUUAAUAUUAAUAAGAUCAAAUGCUGAUUUGAAUGCCUACGUUGUGGCCACACCUGCUGCUGGAGCUCAUGCUGAAGCUGUUAAAAUUACGCUGCAAAAAAUCGAGUGGAUUGUACCAUAUGUGACUAUGGCUGAUAAACAAAAAAUUGAAGCUUUGAAUUAUAUCACAAGUGAUCCAGCUAUCUCAAUCAGUUUCCGUGCUUGGAAGCUGUACGAGUAUCCUCUAUUGCCAAAUACUUCAAAGCACAUUUGGGCAGUAAAAACUUCUACGCAGCUUGAGAAACCACGUUUUGUGAUACUUGGAUUUCAAACAGCAAGAAAAAAUGACGCUACUAAAAAUGCCAGCGUAUUUGAUCAUUGCAACAUCCGAGAUAUAAAAUUAUUUGUAAACUCUCAGAGUUAUCCUUAUGGGAAUUUAAACCUCAAAUUUCAUACUACAACAAAGAACCUGAGCCACUGCUAA